CUACCAACACCCCGCCCCCUGGCUUCUAUGGCAACCGGAUUGUUUAAUGGCAGAGGGAGAGCGAGUCCUUACCGGAGAACACGGGUCCUGGGGAGCAGCAGCCGAAACCCGGGGGUCUGCAGAGAUGGCUUCCAACAGAACAUCCCAUCUGUCUCCUAUAGAUCGUCUAAGUGUUCACCUUCCUGCCUUAACUCUCCCCGCUUCAUCUCUAACAUCUACUGGAAAGAAGCUGAUGAAGCACAAGAGAAGCAGGGAGCAGCAGAAGACCCUCCAUGAGAUCAUAAUGAAGGAGGCUUUAAAGGCUUAUGAAGAGACUGUAGCAGAGCAGAAAAGAAGAGUUCCUACCCCUCCUGAGCCCCAGUUACCAUUAACUAUGAACAGUGAACAGAGAAAACUGAGGAUGAAUUAUCUGUACAUGAAAAAGUGUGUAGAGAGCAGCCCUGUAGUGCCCAUUCAGAAACACUGGCUGGACUCCAUGCUGGCCUUAGUACCUCCGCCUCUUCAGAAGGGCAGGGACAGAGAGGCUCUGGUUGCAGAACUAUUGGAAGAAGUUUCUCAGGAUUUUGAGAAAAGUAUGAAGAGACACCUUGUCAAAAGUAUUCUGGUCAAACCAGAGGUUAAAGGAUUAGAAGCAGAAGAGUCUGGUCUGUUACCUGAAUUUCCUAUAGGUCUGGAUUUCUCCAAACCAUGGCAUCAAAGCUUCGUCCAAGCAAAAAAUGCGAUAAAUAAAAACCUACAUCUUGUCCACCCAGCCAUUCGGACCAUGCUUGAUUUGGGAUACACAACAUUCUCCAAUCUGCUGAUUGUUGAUUUGUCCGGAUACAGAUCAAGGGGUCCUGUAGAAUGUGAAUCACUCAGGAAUAGUGUUUCUUUGGCAUGUGCAAAGACAGAAGAGAGGUUACUGAACACAUGGUACCCCAAAGUGAUAAACCUGUUUGCCGGCAAAGAUGCCCUGCAAUUGGUGAAAGCAGACAAGAUUGAUUCUUUUUACAGCUGUGUCUCUACACUUAUGUCCAACCAGAUAAGAGACCUCCUGCAACGAACAGUAGAAGCUUUUGUCAGUCUGUUCGACCUUAAAGACCCACAGUAUUUGCCACUCUUUAAAAUGCAACUUACAUUUGAUGAUGAGAAAAUGGAUUUCUAUCCAAGCUUCCAAGACGUAGAAGAAGUUGUGCUGUUUAUAGUAACUCGGAUCUCAAAGACACUCCAGAAUAUUCAGACAGUUCAGUCAUGGCUAUCUGGUAGCAAUACUGUUCAGAUUAUUGAGGCCAAACUCCCUGACUAUAUCACUCAGUCUGCUGUUCUGAAGCUAAAGGAAGCGGUCAAUCACAAUUUACAGGAGCCCUUGAGGCAUUUUGAAACAUACGUUGAAAGUUUCAGCUGGAUUGUGGAUGGUUCAGCCCAUGAGAAAGUAGAAACCUUUCUGUCAGAAGAACACAGUUUUGAUGACUACACAAGAUUUAUAGAACAAUUUCACACCCUGGCCAGAGAAAUCAUGCGACUACCCACACGUGCUUAUUUCACCAUGGUCCAACUUGACUGCGAUGAUUUAAAGCAAGGCUUGGCUGACAAAGCAAAAAGUUUUGCCGACAUAUUACUGGACAGACUGGUGACAGACCACAGACUGGAGAAUGAAAAUAUCUGCACGGCGUUUGAGCAAAUUAAGGAGCAAGCACUGAAGGUUCCUGAAACGACAGAAGAUGUAAUAGAAGAGAUUGAGUUUGUUGAGCAGGCCAAGAGUAAAACCAUUGUAGAGCUUAAGUCCCGCAUCACUGAGUGUCAGCGGAGAAUGAAAUAUCUUCUAGAUGUUCAUUUAUUUGUCCCUGAAGAUAUUGUCCUAAACUCAACAGUGUUACUUUGGCCAAAAAAUAUUAACCCAGUGUUUGAUGAAAAUGACCAGCUGAUUGAAAAGGCCAAGCGGAAAGGAGAGAGUGAGCUACUGGUGAAAAGAGAGAAGCUUAUGCUGGAACUGGAGAAACUGUCGCGUCGGAUGGAAGAAUUUGCAGAGUGUUCUGAGUUGGAUAUGAUGCAGCAGUAUGUGACAGAUGUAAGGACUGUACAAAAGCGUAUAGCAGACACAGAGGAGGUGAUGGCCUAUAUUAACAAGGAAGAAGUGCUGUAUAAAUGGGACCUUACUACAUAUCCUGAGCUGGAUUCUUUGAAAGUCAACAUUGAACCAUAUCAAAAACUUUUUGCUCUGAUUUAUAAAUGGCAGAAAACCGAAAAAAAGUGGAUUGAUGGUGCUUUUCUGGACCUGAAUGGAGAAAGCAUGGAAGCAGAGGUAGAUGAAUUUUUCCGGGAGGUCUACAAGAUGAUGAAAUUUUUUCAGCAGAAACAGAAGAAGUCAGAAGAUGAAAAGAAAAAAGCUGGUCAACCCCGAUCAUUAACUGAAGAUAAGGAUAAGUUAGAAGAAGAGAAGAAGGAGAGCAGCAUAGUUCUAAUGUGUUCUGCUAUAACAGAGCAAAUCAAGGAUUUUAAGGACUAUAUCCCCUUGGUGAGCAUUCUCUGUAACCCAGGAAUCAGAACCCGCCAUUGGCUUCAAAUGUCAGAGAUUGUUGGCUAUGACCUCACUCCAGAUUCAGGCAGCACUCUAAGGAAGGUUUUGAAGCAAAAUUUGACACCGUACUUGGACCAAUUUGAACAGAUUAGUGCUGCAGCUAGUAAGGAGUUUUCCCUGGAGAAAGCAAUGCAUAACAUGGAAGAUAUGUGGGACUCCAUAUUCUUUAAUACUAGUCCCUAUCGAGAAUCUGGGGUUUCUAUUCUAUCAGCAGUAGAUGAAAUCCAAACCACUCUGGAUGACCAGAUUGUGAAGACUCAGACAAUGAGAGGAUCGCCUUUCAUCAAGCCCUUUGAGAAAGAAAUUAAGCAAUGGGAAGAACGACUUAUAAGAAUCCAAGAAACCAUUGAUGAAUGGCUGAAGGUACAGGCUCAGUGGCUAUAUCUAGACCCCAUAUUUUCUUCUGAGGACAUCAUGCAGCAGAUGCCUGAAGAAGGAAGGUUGUUCCAGACUGUGGAUAGAAACUGGAGAGAGAUCAUGAAACACUGUGUGAAAGACCCAAAGGUUCUAAGUGCAACUUCUCUGACUGGACUUCUAGAAAAGCUCCAGGACAGCAAUGUGCUUCUGGAUAAAAUCAUGAAAGGUCUAAAUGCUUAUCUGGAGAAGAAGAGGCUCUUUUUCCCACGCUUUUUUUUCUUGUCCAAUGAUGAAAUGCUAGAGAUUCUUUCUGAGACAAAAGAUCCUCUCCGGGUCCAGCCGCAUCUUAAGAAAUGUUUUGAAGGGAUCGCAAAGCUGGAGUUUCUGCCUAACUUGGAUAUCAAAGCCAUGUACAGCACAGAGGGGGAAAGAGUAGAAUUCAUCCAGACAAUCUCAACCUCUGAGGCACGAGGAGCAGUAGAGAAGUGGCUCAUUCAAGUAGAAGACAUCAUGUUAAGGAGCGUACAUGAUGUUAUUGCUCGAUCAAGAAUGGCAUACCCUGAGACUGCAAGAAAGGACUGGGUUAGAGAAUGGCCUGGCCAGGUUGUGCUCUGUGUCUCUCAGAUGUUCUGGACAAGUGAAGUGCAUGAAGCUAUCAGCAGUGGCCCAGAGGGCCUAAAAAACUACUAUGAUAAGCUGCAGCUACAACUGAAUGAUAUUGUUGAGCUUGUGCGGGGCAAAUUGUCCAAGCAGACACGUACUACAUUAGGAGCUCUUGUCACCAUAGAUGUGCAUGCUCGUGAUGUGGUUAUGGAAAUGAUAGAAACAGGAGUUUCCCAUGAGACAGACUUCCAGUGGCUUUCCCAACUACGGUAUUACUGGGAGAAUGAGAACGCAAGAGUACGAAUCAUUAACUGCAAUGUGAAGUAUGCCUAUGAGUACCUUGGCAACUCUCCACGCUUGGUCAUCACUCCUCUCACUGACAGAUGUUAUCGGACUCUGAUUGGUGCUUUUUUUCUAAAUCUGGGUGGAGCUCCAGAAGGUCCAGCUGGUACGGGCAAAACUGAGACUACAAAAGAUCUGGCCAAGGCCCUGGCUGUGCAGUGUGUGGUCUUCAACUGCUCGGAUGGUUUGGACUACAUAGCAAUGUCAAAGUUUUUUAAAGGGCUGGCAUCAUCGGGAGCAUGGGCGUGUUUUGAUGAGUUUAACCGCAUUGAGCUAGAGGUAUUGUCCGUCGUGGCCCAGCAGAUUCUCUGUAUCCAGAGAGCCAUUCAAACAAAGAUGGACAUCUUCAACUUUGAAGGAACAGAACUGAAGCUUAAUCCAAAUUGUUUUGUAGCGAUUACUAUGAAUCCUGGGUAUGCGGGGCGUUCUGAGCUACCAGAUAACCUAAAGGUUCUUUUUCGGACUGUAGCCAUGAUGGUUCCCAACUAUGCCCUGAUUGCCGAGAUCUCCCUUUAUUCCUAUGGGUUCCUACAUGCUAAGCCUCUGUCAGUGAAGAUUGUAAUGACUUACCGGCUGUGUUCUGAACAGCUGUCAUCUCAGUUCCAUUAUGAUUAUGGGAUGCGUGCAGUAAAAGCGGUCCUCGUAGCUGCUGGGAAUCUGAAGUUGAAAUUUCCUGAUGAGAAUGAAGAUAUUCUUCUCCUGCGGUCAAUUAAAGAUGUAAAUGAGCCUAAAUUUUUGUCUCAUGAUAUUCCUCUUUUUAAUGGGAUUACCAGUGACCUGUUCCCUGGCAUCGAACUUCCUGAAGCAGACUAUAAGGAUUUACUUGAAUGUGCACAUGAAUGCUGUACCAGGCACAACAUCCAGCCUGAGAAGGUUUUCCUGGAGAAAAUGAUUCAGACAUAUGAAAUGAUGAUCGUAAGACAUGGUUUCAUGUUAGUUGGAGAGCCUUUCUCUGGGAAAACAAAGGUCCUCCAUGUCCUCGCUGAUACGCUUUCUCUUAUGAAUGAGCGAGGAUGUGAAGAAGAAAAAGUUAUUUACAGGACAGUUAAUCCUAAAGCCAUCACCAUGGGUCAGCUGUUUGGUCAGUUCGAUCCAGUGUCACAUGAGUGGACUGAUGGAAUAGUUGCUAAUACCUUCCGUGAGUUUGCAUUAUCUGAGACCCCGGAAAGAAAAUGGGUUAUUUUUGAUGGACCUAUUGAUACUCUAUGGAUAGAAAGUAUGAACACAGUAUUAGAUGAUAAUAAAAAGCUUUGCUUGAUGAGUGGAGAGAUCAUUCAGAUGUCACCUCAGAUGAGUCUCAUUUUUGAAGCAAUGGACCUUUCCCAAGCAUCGCCUGCCACUGUAAGCCGCUGUGGAAUGAUUUAUCUGGAACCUCAACAACUGGGCUGGGCUCCACUGGUGAAGUCUUGGCUCGACACUAUUCCUGAUGCAUUGAAAACUAAAGAUCACCUUACUCUUCUAGAGGAACUCUUCAAGUGGCUUAUCCAACCUUCACUCAGAUUCCUCAGAAAACAGUGCAAGGAAUUGGUGGCAACCAACAAUGGCAAUGUGAUAAUAUCACUAACAAGAUUAUUGGAAAUGCUGAUUUUUGACGUGGUGAGAGAAGAUCCAACUAAUAAGAGCAUUCGCAUUUGGAUAAUGGCCUGUUUUGCUUUUUCUCUGGUUUGGUCCAUUGGGGGUUGCUGUGACACUGACAGCCGGGUCAAGUUUGAUGCCUUUUUAAAAGAAAUUGUCUCAGGAAAAAAUGAUCAGAAUCCUAUACCAGCAUCUAUAGGAAAAUGGGAAUGUCCAUUUGAUGAUAAAGGCCUGGUCUAUGACUAUAUGUAUGAGCUAAAAGGUAGAGGACGCUGGGUUCACUGGAAUGAAUUUAUCAAAGGCACAGCCAUGUGGGACAAAAACACCAAAAUCCAAGAUAUCAUUGUGCCAACCAUGGACACUGUCAGAUACACCUUUCUUAUGGAUAUGUGUAUUAAAUACACUAAACCACUAUUAUUUGUGGGACCAACGGGGACAGGUAAAUCUGUUUAUGUCAAAGACAAACUUAUGAACAAUCUGGACAAAGACAAAUUCUUUCCCUUCUUUAUCAACUUUUCUGCUCGAACCAGUGCCAACCAGAUUCAGAAUAUUGUCAUGGACAGACUGGAUAAAAGACGUAAAGGUGUGUACGGACCCCAAAUGGGGAAAAAAUGUGUCAUAUUUGUGGAUGACAUGAACAUGCCAGCACUAGAACAAUAUGGUGCACAACCACCUAUUGAGCUCUUGCGUCAGUUCUUCGACCACGGCAACUGGUAUGACUUGAAGGACACCACUAAAAUCUCAUUGGUGGAUGUACAGCUAGUUGCAGCAAUGGGUCCUCCUGGAGGUGGAAGGAAUGCAGUUACCCCUCGAUUCUUGCGUCACUUUAAUAUCUGUACUAUAAAUGCCUUCAGUGAUGAGACAAUGGUCCGCAUCUUCUCUGCUGUAGUGGCCUUCUAUCUACGAAACAACGACUUUUCACCUGAAUUCUUUACUGUUGGCAACCAAAUAGUCAAUGGCACAAUGGAGGUUUACAAGAAAGCCAUGGAGAACCUAUUACCAACCCCUGCUAAAUCCCAUUAUACAUUCAAUCUGCGGGAUUUCUCUCGAGUGGUGCAAGGGUGCUUACUUAUCAAGAAAGAGUCUGUGGAAAACAAACGUGUCAUGGUCCGACUGUUCGUUCAUGAAGUCUUGCGAGUCUUUUAUGACCGCUUGGUCGAUGACAAGGACAGAUCCUGGUUAUAUAUGUUGUUAAAAGAUGUAGUGAAAGAUCAUUUCAAAGAAAGUUUUGAAUCUGUUUUUGAAAACCUAAAACAAGGAAACGAACCUCUCUCGGAGGAACACAUCAGAAACUUGCUUUUUGGUGACUACAUGAAUCCUGACCUUGAAGGAGAUGAACGUUUGUACACAGAGAUACCAAGUGUAGAGCAGUUCAAUGAUGUUGUGGAUAGAUGUCUGGAUGAAUACAACCAGACCCACAAAACCCGCAUGAACCUUGUUAUAUUCAGAUAUGUUUUGGAGCAUUUAUCUCGGAUUUGCCGGGUCUUAAAGCAGCCUGGGGGUAAUGCUUUGUUGGUUGGAGUUGGAGGAAGUGGACGUCAGUCACUGACCCGUUUAGCUACUUCUAUGGCAAAAAUGAAUAUCUUUCAACCAGAAAUCUCAAAAAGCUAUGGCAUGAAUGAAUGGAGAGAAGAUCUCAAGAGUUUACUAAAGAGCGCUGGAGUGAAAGGACAGAAGACAGUUUUUCUCAUCACAGACACACAAAUCAAACAGGAGGCGUUUCUGGAGGAUGUAGACAGUCUGCUCAACACCGGGGAGGUUCCUAAUCUUUUUGCUGUAGAUGAAAAGCAAGAGAUAAUGGAGGGUGUUCGUCCUGCUGCCCAAGCUGGGAAUAAAAAUGUUGAGCUGAGCCCACUGGCUCUGUUUGCCUUCUUCGUAAACCGCUGUAAGGAAAACCUUCACAUUGUAGUGGCUUUUAGCCCAAUUGGUGAUGCAUUUCGCAACCGACUACGACAGUUCCCAUCACUUAUCAACUGCUGUACCAUUGACUGGUUCCAGCCGUGGCCAGAGGAUGCCCUUGAGAGGGUGGCAGUAAAGUUUUUGGAAACCCUUGAACUCACAAGUACCGAGCACCAGGAAGUGGUUCCUAUUUGUAAAUACUUCCACACGUCUGCAAUAACAUUGUCAGAGAAGUUUUUGAGAGAGCUGGGAAGACACAAUUAUGUCACUCCAACAUCUUACCUGGAGCUUAUUGCAGCUUUCCGCCAGCUGUUAUCUCAGAAGCGAGACACAGUGAUGAAAGCAAAAAAGAGAUAUACAAAUGGAUUGGAUAAGCUGGCAUUUGCUGAAUCUCAGGUUGGAGAAAUGAAGAAAGAAUUGGUCGACCUACAGCCCAAACUGGAAGAGGCCAAAGUCGAAAAUGCAAACAUGAUGGAGAUUAUAGAAAAAGAGUCAGCGCAGGUGGAAGCAAAAAGUAAAGUGGUUCGAGCAGAUGAAGAAGUGGCCACCCAGAAAGCCACUGAGGCCCAAGCUCUGAAAAAUGAAUGUGAAAGUGAAUUGGCAGAAGCCAUCCCUGCCCUGGAGGCUGCCAUGUCUGCCUUGGACACUCUGAAACCAGCAGAUAUCACCAUUGUAAAGACUAUGAAGAGUCCCCCAUCGGGUGUGAAGCUUGUCAUGGCCGCUAUUUGUGUCAUGAAAGAAGUUAAACCAGAGAAGGUUAAUGACCCAGCAGGAACUGGACAGAAGAUAUUUGAUUACUGGGGACCUAGUAAAAGAGUGCUGGGAGACAUGAACUUUCUCAAAGACCUGCGGGAAUACGACAAGGAUAAUAUUCCUGUAUCAGUGAUGCAGAAGAUCCGCAGUGAAUAUAUUACCAAUCCUGACUUUGAUCCAGCCAAAGUAGCGAAAGCGUCUUCUGCAGCAGAAGGUCUAUGCCGAUGGAUUCUCGCUAUGGAAGUUUAUGAUAGAGUUGCAAAGGUUGUGGCACCCAAGAAAGCACGUCUGGCGGAGGCCCAGCAGUCAUUGGCUGAAACAAUGUCAGUACUGGACCAGAAAAGGGCAGAGCUGAAAGAAGUGGAAGAUCGAUUAGCUUCUCUUCAGGAGACAUUUCGAGAAAAAACUGAGGAGAAAGCUCGGCUGGAGGUCCAAGUAGAUUUGUGUGCAAAAAAACUAGAACGAGCAGAGAAGCUAAUAGGAGGACUUGGUGGAGAAAAACACAGAUGGUCCAAAGCAGCUGAUUCGCUUCAGAAUAUGUAUGAUAAUUUGACUGGAGACGUCCUUGUGUCUGCUGGUGUCAUUGCCUAUCUGGGAGCUUUCACUGCUGGCUUCCGACAAGAGUGUACUAGAGAAUGGAGCAAACUGUGCAAGAGUAAAAUGAUUCCUUGCUCUGAUGACUUUUCAUUGAGUAAGACUCUUGGUGACCCAAUAAAAAUCAGAGCCUGGAAUAUUGCCGGGCUACCAACAGACAGUUUCUCAGUAGAUAAUGGUGUGAUUGUGAGCAACUCAAGACGUUGGCCUUUAAUGAUAGACCCUCAGGGCCAAGCGAACAAGUGGAUUAAGAAUUCAGAGAAAGAAAACCAACUAAGUGUCAUCAAGUUAACAGAUUCAGACUAUAUGCGAACUCUGGAAAACUGCAUACAGUUUGGGACACCACUUUUACUGGAAAAUGUGGGAGAAGAUUUGGAUCCAUCGUUAGAACCUCUAUUGUUAAAGCAAACAUUUAAACAAGGAGGUGUGGACUGCAUCAGACUUGGAGAAGCAAUCAUUGAAUAUUCAAGUGACUUCAGAUUUUAUAUGACAACAAAACUCAGAAAUCCACAUUUUCUACCUGAGUUAGCAACAAAAGUGUCCUUGCUAAACUUUAUGAUCACACCUGAAGGUCUGGAAGAUCAGUUACUUGGCAUUGUUGUAGCAAAAGAGAGGCCCGAGCUAGAAGAAGAGAGAAAUGCAUUAAUUUUACAAUCAGCAUCCAAUAAAAAACAGCUAAAGGAGAUUGAAGACAAGAUAUUGGAGACCUUACAGUCCUCAGAAGGGAACAUCUUGGAAGAUGAAAGCGCCAUUCAGAUUUUAGAUUCAGCAAAGAUCAUGAGCAAUGAGAUCACCAAAAAGCAGGAGAUUGCAGAGAAAACUGAACUAAAAAUAGCGGAAUCCAGAGAAGGUUACAGGCCCAUCGCUAAACAUUCGUCUGUGCUGUUCUUCAGUAUUGCAGACCUUGCCAACAUCGACCCAAUGUACCAGUAUGCACUCAACUGGUUUGUCAAUCUUUAUAUCAACUCUAUUCAGGACAGCAACAAAUCUAAAAUCUUAGAAAAACGUCUGCGUUACCUGAAUGAUCACUUCACCUAUAAUUUAUACUCCAACGUGUGCCGCUCACUCUUUGAGAAGGACAAGCUAUUGUUCUCUUUCUUGCUCUGCUGCAACCUCCUUAUGGCAAGGAAGGAGAUUGAACACCAAGAAUUUAUGUUCUUACUUACUGGUGGUGUAGGCCUACAAAAUAACAUUGCAAACCCAGCACCAAGCUGGCUUCCAGAUAAAAGUUGGGAUGAGAUUUGCCGUGCAAGCGAUAUACCUGCUUUUAAAGGAGUGAGAGAACAUUUCAUUGAAAAUCCCAAUAAGUGGCAUGAGUUGUAUGACAGCAGAGAACCUCACAAUGUUCCAUUACCCAGUCCAUUCAAUGAGAAACUGAAUGAGCUUCAGAAGAUGAUUAUUCUGAGGUGCCUUAGACCAGACAAGAUGAGUCCGGCUGUGACCAACUAUGUGACUGACAAACUUGGAAAGAAAUUUGUUGAGCCACCUCCUUUUGAUCUGUCGAAAAGCUACUUGGAUUCUAAUUCUACCAUUCCUCUUAUCUUUGUAUUGUCUCCUGGAGCUGAUCCUAUGGCAAGUUUGCUAAAAUUUGCGAAUGACAAAAAUAUGGGAGGAGGUGACAAGUUCCAGGCCAUCUCCCUAGGUCAGGGACAGGGUCCGGUAGCUGCAAAAAUGAUAAAAGAGGCAGCAGCAGGUGGCACAUGGGUUUGUCUGCAGAACUGUCACCUGGCUGUGUCCUGGAUGCCAACAUUGGAGAAGAUUUGUGAGGAGUUCACCAGUGACACUUGCCACCCAGACUUCAGACUAUGGCUAACUAGUUAUCCUUCACCCAAGUUUCCAGUGACAAUUCUCCAGAAUGGUGUGAAAAUGACAAAUGAGCCACCAACAGGAUUGAGACUAAAUCUGCUGCAGUCUUAUGUCACUGACCCAAUCUCUGAUCCAGAAUUCUUCAGUGGGUGCCCAGGAAAAGAGCAAGUAUGGGAGAAGCUACUCUAUGGGGUUUGUUUCUUCCAUGCUUUGGUUCAGGAAAGAAAGAAGUUUGGCCCUUUGGGAUGGAAUAUUCCUUAUGGCUUUAAUGAGUCUGACUUGAGAAUCAGUAUUCGACAACUACAGCUCUUUGUGAACGACUAUGAACAUGUACCUUUUGAGGCCAUCUCAUACCUAACCGGAGAGUGCAACUAUGGAGGCCGUGUGACUGAUGACUGGGAUCGGCGCCUCCUACUGACCACUCUGGCAGAUUUUUAUAAUAAUGAUAUAGUGGAAAAUCCACGUUAUUCAUUAUCUCCGAGUGGGAACUACCGUGCUCCACCUAAAGGCACUUAUGAUGAUUACAUUGAAUUCAUCAAGAGACUCCCUUUUAGUCAGCAUCCUGAGGUGUUUGGCUUACAUGAAAAUGUUGACAUAUCAAAGGAUCUGCAGCAAACAAAGACCAUUUUUGAAUCCCUGCUCCUCACUCAGGGGGGCAGUCGCCAAGGAGGGUCAUCGGGGGCCAGUGAUCAUACACUGUAUGAAAUAGCUAGUGAUAUACUCAGCAAGCUUCCCAAGGAUUUUGACAUUGAGGCAGCUUUGCAGAAGUACCCAGUACUGUAUGAGGAGAGUAUGAACACGGUGCUGGUGCAAGAGAUGGAGAGGUUCAACAACUUAAUCCGUACCAUAAGGACAACUUUACAGAAUCUUCAGAAAGCAAUCAAGGGGCUGGUUGUUAUGGACUCAGAACUGGAAGCCCUGUCUGGCAGCUUAAUUGUAGGGAAGGUUCCUGAAACAUGGGCAAAGCGGUCUUAUCCCAGUCUAAAACCUCUCGGAAGUUAUGUCAUUGAUUUUCUUGCGCGGCUUAAAUUCCUACAGACCUGGUUUGAUUGUGGGAAGCCUCAUGUCUUUUGGCUGUCAGGAUUCUUCUUCACACAAGCGUUUCUGACUGGUGCCAUGCAGAAUUAUGCCAGGAAAUACAGAAUCCCUAUUGAUUUACUAGGCUAUGAAUUUCAGGUUAUACCUGUGGACACUUCUGACACAUCACCAGAAGAUGGAGUUUACGUUAUUGGGUUGUUUCUAGACGGUGCACGCUGGGACAGAAAGAGUGGAGUACUUGCAGAACAGCACCCCAAGAUCCUGUUUGACUCUGUACCGAUAAUCUGGAUAAAGCCAAAUAAAAAGUCUGACAUAAAAAAGACCGAGUCAUACGUGUGUCCAAUCUACAAAUCCAGUGAGCGGAAGGGGACACUGUCCACCACAGGACAUUCCACCAACUUUGUCAUUGCAAUGCUGCUGCCAACAGAUAAGCCUGUCCAGCACUGGAUUAAGAGGGGUGUCGCUCUUCUCUGUCAACUCGACGACUGAAGAAUCCCCUGACUGUAUUUAUCUUUAUCUGUGUGUCUGUUAAUUAAUUAAAAAAAGGCUCAUAAAGGUGACCUGUCAGCAAGAGCCCCCCCACCACCACCUCCAUGUGUAUUAAAUAAGAAUCCAACUCCUA